AUGCGUGGCUCGAGGGCGGGUGUGGUCGCAGCAAGUAGCGUGGGGCCGAUGUUGAAUGGUGUGCUUAGUGAAACCGUCAGCGGACAGCUUGGAGAUAAGGAUUCAUCGGGUAUGCAAGGCCUGAGUGAAAAGUACCUGAAUUCAUCCCAACUUGAAUCUGAAUCCAAGUGGACCGAUGAAUCGGUUGCAAUUACGGAAAGCAGUGAAGAUGGUAUUGAAAGACAGAGACGUGUCAGAAGAGGCAAGCAAGCUGCAAUAGAGGCAGGAGCAUCACCUGUCUACGAUUGGACGCAAGCGCUAGCUCUGCAGAAACCUGAAGUGGUGGAGAAUGGAACGGGAGCAUCUGGCCAUUUUUCGCAGACUACUUCGAUAACCGCGACCGAUGAGACUAGAGAGAGCACAGCUCUCAAGAAGGCAUUGCAUAGACAGAACGCAUCCAGAUCAAACAUCGUCGAUGUUUCCCGAAUAAAAAUUUGGUUGGCCCCCCAGUUGACCGCUCAAGUCCUGAAGAGCCACCCCGACGUCUCUCGGCCGUUGCCGUUGCAGAUGACGCUCUACGACGGGUCACACGAGCUUCCAAUUAUGCAUGCUGAGCCUAUCGUACCUCCUGCAUAUAGUUUACUGAUUCUGGUUGUUGCUGUUGCGUAUGGUGGAUUGAAAGACCCUCAGUGUGAUGCCGACAUCUUAAACCUCAUAUUUAAAGACCACCACUCGGAAUAUACUUAUUUCGAUAGCAUCUCGGGCGAAAAUGCUACCUUUGACGCGAUCGAAGACGCAAUCGGGAAGCUCUACCGGGAAGCGACAAAAUCAUCCGAGUCAAAAGUCCUGAUACUACUGACGGGAGAGGGAGACGAGCAUAACUGUAUGUGUCUGAUGGAUGGCAAGUAUAUCACGGACAGGGACCUGCGACGUUGGAUGUGGAAGCUACAGAUUGACUGUUAUCCAAAAAAUCGGACGGUCACUAUCAUUCUUGACUACUGCCGCACAGACAAGCAGACACUUGUUGGCUCUCAUACUGGCGUCGAGUUCAUAUGCUCUUGUUCUCCUGGACAAAGGUCAGCGGGACUGGAAUUCCCAAACAGGAAGGAUAUUCCUCGGUCAUGCUUUCUUCUUGCCCUUAUGAUGGCCUCCCAUGAACCGGGUCGUAAUGGGAGUGACCUCGUUGGCUCCAUUGACUACGAGUUGGGUCGAUUAUCGCGCCUUUUGGAGUUCACUCACAAAAGAAUACACGAGAUCGGGCGUUGUGAGCCUUGUCUGAAGGGAGAGCCAUGCCCAAUGCCUCUGCCUCGUCCUCAACACCCAGAUUGGCAACGGUCAGGGCAUGAAAGCAUCUAUAGCUUGGUAGAUUCGCUAUCAAGUAUGGGUAUUGCGGCCAAAGUCUACGAUUUUUUCACGAGGAAUGUGAACUUCUGCCGAGCAAAUGGACUCCCUAUUGGCGCCAACAUACUCGCGCCACAACCUUCGCUUCAAACGGGCACAACGCAACAUAACCGGGGCUCGUCCAAGCCGGUGCAGGCCGCCGCAGCUUUUCGUACUAGAGCCCAGGAUCCUGAAAAAGUGAUGCCGUGA